AUGGCGACUGCUGCCGCGAGUCUGACCGGCGACAGCUCUUCGUUUUCUCAAUUUCGACCAUUCGUCGGAGGGGUUACCAGCUCAUUCAAUAAGAGCGGCACCCACGCCCACGCCCAUGCCCACGCCCACGCCCCAAACGCUCAAGUUGAUAACAUGGAUCAGAGCCAACAACGAGACCAGCCGGCGGGAGCAGUAUCAGCGAGACCUAUAUCUCUCGAUCUCAAUCAAUCCAAUUCGCCCAGUAUGGCAGAGCUCGAAGCAGUCGAGCUGGCCUCUACGAAAGCUCUCAUCGAAGGCGUCUUGGGACCGAAUAAGGACGGCAGAGUCAGGAACCCUGUCCCCAGCAAGCUGAAGGGUAAGACAGAUAACAAGCAGGGGAAUUUUGGUGUUAUGCACAUGGGAAUGAGUCCGGGGAAGAAAACUGAGGUUCAAGGUCAGGGGAGAGAUGCUGCUGCAGAGCGCGACGCUGCGGCACGGCGAACCAGCGAGAAUACAGCGUCUCGUGCAAAAGCUGCACAAUCCGAAAAAUACGUGCCACCGAAGAAACGAGGAUUAGAUGCGAGCUUGAACGCGGAUACGCGAAGUCGCAACUCGCCUUUUGGAGGCUCACGCGAUGCCCAGAGAUCUAGACCUUUGGCUCCAGACGAAACGAAGUCUGAACAAGCUCGACUACUGACGCUUUUGAGAAGCAUCAAUCCUGUUACGGUAGUGGAUCAGAUAUGCAAAGCCGUGGCCUACUUUGGAGGAAUUCCUGGAGCUCCCCCACCCGAGGAUGGAAUCUUCCCAGAGAGCGCGAAUACUAGAGAAACAGGAGCACUCUUCAUCGGGUGGCUGGCAGAGAUAUUUCCUGACCUUACCCCAAAGAGCCCCGAAGUCUCGAAAGACCUUGCUGCGAAGAGGAAAGGAAGGCCGUCAAAAGGUGUGAAGGAUACUCCAUCUGCUGAAUCCUCUGAAGCCCCCAAUUCCAGAAAUGGAUACGGGUAUGGACCAGCGGUUUCUGCCCCAUCCUGGGGCCUUCCACAGUCUUUAGCAUUGGUCAAUACACCAGUGGCAGCAAGUACUAUACCCCUCGGUGAACCUAAAUUCCACAUACCCGAACAAACCCUCGAGCAGCCAUCUCCAACAACUCCUGCUAAAAACCAGGCGGAAGAUAGCUCAUCUACAAAUAAGCGGAGAAGAGGCAGACCCAAGGGGUCGCGUAAUAAGGGCAAAGAUGGACAGCCAGACUCCGAGACAGCAAACAUGACCGAUGGCCAAAACCAAGGUCAGGCGUCUCCUCACGUACAAUCUACAACUGCCAAGGUCGCACAACCGAGCCCUGCGAUAGCUACCACUGCUAGCCCAAUGGCAAGUUCUUUCGGCUCAACCUCGAAUACAGCCCUCAAGACUGUCCAGAACAAUCACGUCCAGAAUAACCAAUAUUCCGGGCAGCGAUGGCAAGCAAGUAACCAGCUCAACCAAACUAAUAGUGCUGCGAUUGUAGCUCCAACGGACGAAUUGAGCCCAGAGGAACGCGCUGUAUUGGAGGCAUUCAGACAUCACCCACCUGGCAUACAACAAGUCCAACAAGUUGUGCCUUCUCCGAUAGUCCCUCCCAAGAUUGCACCGCCUGAAACGGGUCAGAAGAGAAAACGUGCUCCUGCAAAACCUAAGACCAACCCUACUCCUACCCCAAAGUAUUCGACUGAAAAUCUACCACAAACCAAUCAUCCACCCAUUCUUCCUCCUGGCCGUGAUAAUUCUAUGGGGGUGGCUAAGGAUGCUUUACAAUGGACUUCUGUUGGGCCUGCCGCUGCUGCUGCUGCUGCUGCUACUACAACUACCACCACUACUACCACUAAUGCUUCGAUAACACCGACCAUCCCACCUGCAAAGCGUCCUCGCCAGCGUAAACCUAAGCCCCCUGCCAACACUGAAACCCCCUCUCGAAAUCAGACCGCAUCAGUAGUCAGCACUGCAACCCCUCCGAUUCCGCCAAGCACAAUUCCAGAUUCCCAAGCAACAUCUUCCCAGCAAAGUAUCCAACAGACUGCUCCACAGAGCAAUCAACAGAGCAUGCCCCAGACUACCUCAGUGUCACGGCCAGCCGCGGAAGGCCUAGAGGCUCAUUACAACUACUUUCAGCAGCAGCAGCAGCAAAAUGGUCGAAGCAAUACUCCAACUAUGCCUCAGCAGCAAGUACAACAGCACUCUCGCCAGCACUCCAAACCACAAUCAAUAACACCCCAGCAGUCUACCCCACAAAUGCAACAGCAGAAUCUGAUGCAACAUCAAAAAUCCCAGCAGGGCCAACAAGUUACUCAACAGACUAGCCACCGUGAUGAUAGCCAGAAGAUGACCCAGUCCGGAUCUGCCCGACCUUCAUCCACAGGUUUCUAUAGCCAGGGAAAUCAACCAGCGUCAGCGACAUUUAGCCAGCAAUACCCUUCUCACCAACCUUCACAACUCUAUGGUACACACCAAGCGUCUCCUCAGUUGAGCAAUACCACAAGCAACAGCUACCGGACAAGCACUACGCACACUAUGGCUCAAGCAUCCCCUCAGUUUUCCCAGGCGGAGAACACUUACAGAACUUCUAGUCCACACACCCUUGGCCAUCCUUCUCCAUCCUUCUCUCAAACAGGGACCAAUUAUAGAAAUCCGAGUGCAAAUACCCUCGCUCAACACUCCCCUACCGUCACGCAGGCAGAAAAUAGCUACAGAAAUCCAAGUUCUCAUUCUAUAGCCCAGGCAUCACCUUCAUACACUACGGCACGUUCGCAUUCCCAGAGCCAGCCGUCUCAUCAGAGCCACUAUAACCACUUUUCAGACUCGUCCUACAUUGAUCUACCGACAUUAGAGUCUCUAGGUCAUUCCGGCGGCGUGGGUAAUACUAGUGUGGGCCUAAGCAACAACACCUAUGGCACGACUGGUGGCUUUGGGCAGGGCAUUGCUGUUGGGCUAGGAAACUCCCGAUCCUCAGCCACGAGCAACAGUAUAUAUGGCAGCACUUCCGGCCUGAGUAAUCCAUACGAUGCUGGUGCCAAUGAUAUUCUUAGAGGUGUGGGCGUCUCACGCUCAGGGAGUAACAGUGCAUAUGGAACUUCAGGUAACAGCGGUUCGGCUUAUGGAACGUCAUCUUCGAGGAUCAGCAACUCCUUUGACCCAACAAACCAGGAAGAUAUGAGGGAACAGUUGCUGAGAGGCUACGGGCGUCGUUGA